AUGGCGCCCAAGCCGGCGCAAGAGAACAAGGCAGAUCUGUGGAACCCUGCCGGCUUCGACAUGCCCGAAGGGGUACUGCUCGCACACAUGAGGUUGCCACCUGCACGCAGAAGGGACUUGGCGACCAUGGGCGGGGACGUUUGGGAGCGCCGCCUGACGGUGCCCCCCGACGGCUUGUGCAUGCUGUACACAUUUCUGGCAGCAUGCGAUCCCGCGACGUGGAGUCGACUACACAGAAGCGAGUUGGGCUUCAUCGAGGACGUCGUGGCCGAGCAGAAUUACAAGGAGGCUGCGGAGAACAUAUUCAUGCACAUCCUGAUGCUGCUCCGCACACAAGACAAACACAGGCUGGCAGCUCGUCUCGAAGCCGGAGGACAUCCAGGCCAGGAAACGGAAUGA